CCUUUCGUUGUGCCCCGCGGAAAUCCACACCUCGCCGCCGGCGCCACCGCCGCGCCAUGCUCCGCCUGCGAAGCUGCAUCCUCACCCGUCUCCUCUCUUCCCCCUCCUCCGCUCUCCACCGACUGCUCUCAGCGGCAGCGGCUGCGGCCGACCCAAGCCCCGCGUUCGCCGUCGAGCAGUACCUCGUCGACACCUGCGGCCUCACCAAACCCCAAGCCCUCAAGGCCUCCGCCAAGCUCUCCCACCUCAAGUCCCCCGCCAAGCCCGACGCCGUGCUGGCCUUCCUCGCGGACCUCGGCCUCUCCAGCGCCGACGUCGCCGCCGCCGUCGCAGGGGACCCGCAGUUGCUCUGCGCCGACGUGGACAAGACCCUGGCCCCCGUCGUUGCAGGGCUAACCGCCCACGGCCUCUCGCGUGCUCAGGUCGCGCGCCUUGUCUCGCUCGGCCGCCCCAUCUUCCGCAAUACAUCCCUCGUAUCCAACCUACCCUACUACCUAUCGCUCUUCGGAUCCAACGAGAACCUCCUCAAGUUACUCAACCAGAGCAACAGUUUCCUCGGAUGCAGCCUGGAGAAGGUGGUCAAGCCCAAUGUCGCAUUUCUGCAGGAGUGCGGGCUAGGUGAUUGCAUUUUUUCCAAGGUGCAACUCUCUACGCCACGCAUACUUUCCACCAAACCAGAGCGCCUCCCUGCAAUGGUGGCAUGUGCCCAAGGUCUCGGUGUUCCCCGUGGAUCUCCGAUGUUCAUGCAUGUGCUAUACGCUGUGGCAAUCAUCGGCGAGGAUAAAAUCGCUGCCAGAGUGGAUUACUUGAAGAAAACUUUCAGGUGGUCCGAUGCUGAGGUGGGCAAUGUUGUUUGCAGGACUCCGCAGCUGCUGCGGAGGUCUAAGGACAUGUUGCGCCGCUUGUCCGAGUUCUUUAUCUCUGAGAUGGGUUUGGAACCGACAUACAUUGCUCAUCGUUCAGUAAUGCUCACUUUUAGCCUGGACAGCCGCCUCAAGCCCCGAUACUACGCUGUAAAGUUCCUCAAGCAAAAUGGAUUGGUCAAAUGCUUCCCGAGCUAUACAAUUUUCCACCUGACUGACAAGGUAUUCGUGGAGAGGUACAUCUGCCCUCACAUGGAAGCUGCUCCGUACCUCACGGAAGACUAUGCUGCCGCUUGCAAAGGGGAAGUACCAACUAGAUUCUUAUCUGCUUGAACCAAGACCCUGACAUGGAAAUGUGGAACUUUUUGCGGCACAACAAAGUUUCUACUCUGUGCAGUAAGCUGGUUAGUCUUAGUUUCAGUGUUGUUCGCCCAAUUAGAUGCUGGUUAUCCUCUAUUCUAUGUAUGUUACAUGCUGCUUUGGUCAUUGCUAAGUGCUAAUGCCUCAUGAAACUGAUGAUUUGAUUCCUGAAACCCGGCGUGUUGUCAUUUAGAAGAGAACAAAUCAGUGCCUGCAAUAUCUGAAAAUGAGAAAUGCAUGAAUAUAUUUGUGUUUCCCACCUUCAUUGAAGAUCAUGGAUAUAACAUGUGUGGGUGGACCCAGUUUUCUGUCAAAACCAGGAUACAUUCAACAUAAAGGGAAAGAACUGCAUCGUUUUCCAUUAAAAAAUAUCGGUACGGUCUGCUUUCAUACCAAAAUUCACUUGGCUAUUCUGUUUACAUUCCUUCAUAUUGUUUGGUCCAUCAUAUGUCAAUACUAAAUGGCAGUUCAAUCUUUAAUAAUCAGAUUAUGCUUUGCGUAUAUUUAUUUGUCCUUUUCGUUUAUUUCCCCUGAUUCUAAUGUAGGGUUGUAUUUGUACCUAAAUCCAUUAGGCUGUAGCUGGCCUUACUUCUGCUAGGGAUUUUUUUUCUUUCAAAUUUGAUAAAGUGGCCUACUAAAGGAUGGUCAACAAAAGAGUCUAAAUCAUUGACAUCUGUCAUUAAUUGUGAGAACUAAGCCAAUGUACAUGAAUGGUUCAGUCUUAUCAUAUCUCUACUAUUCACUGCCCGCAAAUGUGGGUUGAGAUCUGUUCAAAACUACAGUAAGAUUUUGGCAAAAAAACAUUAGUUGUUCAUGUCCUGUUAAUGAACCUCAUGUUCAUUAACUGCAGGAACCAUCAUGUCCUGCAAGUUGUGUCCAUGCAGUGCUUAUUUCACUCCCUCAUUUUCGGAGUACUCGGAUGAUUGGGUUAACGCCCUUAAUACAGUUGGUUACUCUGAUGUGAUCCCGCAUGCUAGGCUUGCGUUAACUUCCACCUUUCGACCCUUUUACUGAUAAUUCGGUUUUUAAUUGAGUUCUGCUUUCAACGAUGGGUUGAAUGGUUAAAGCCUGACCGCUGGUGUUGAUGAUGAUGUCUCAACGCUCUGGAUAAAUUGAUGAAAUUCAGGUUCGAAAUAAACUGGUGUAGAUGAAUUGGGUAAUGUGUUUCUUCUUUAUUAGGAAAAAAGUUGAGGCAAAAAUAGCAUUCGGCCUAACCAGAUGUGUAGCUUUGGUAGCCCAGUGCUCAAGGGAAGUUACGGAUGGAAAUAUAAUUUCAUUUCGAAGAGGUCAAGAAUUUUCCAAUGUGUUCUCUUAUUGCAUAAAGCAACAUCACAAAGUGGUAUAUUGGUCUUUCUGCGAGGUGCAGCUAUUAUAUGCAUUCAUUUUUGUUACUUGCAUUUCUUGAAUGGGUUAGCUGUAUCUAAUUUGAAAUCUGAACCUUAAAUUGCGAUACAAUCAAUUGAAGUUUUGGUUGUUUUUAUUCUAGUAGGGGCAUUUCUUUUGUUAUUGGCCUCUCUUAGAUUUGUAAGCAGCUUGCGAUGUAGCUGCUGAAGUGCCAGAAUGUCAUUGGCUGUAGACUCUGGUUUGGUGUUACUUAUAGCAUUCGAUGAAGCAGUGCCAGAUUCGUGCAGCUGGUUCAUACAGUUGGAAGGAAGGUUAAACUGCUGACUGCUGUGUUGCUGGAUUGAUCAGAUGGUGUAGAGUUUCUGUUGGAACUGCUUUAUCGCUGCAAACAAAUUAAUUCUGCCCCAAACUAAAGGAAUCUGGACAUACAGUUUUUUA